AUGCUUGAUGAUUUUGAGGAUGAGUCUGAGGAUGAAUCCGCCUUCUUCUUCUGGCAGCGUCAGACAAAGGACAUGCUUCAUGACAAAGCUGAGGAUGAAUUUGUGGAUGAAGCCGCCUUCUUCUGGCAGUUUCAGCAGGUCGAGGACGAAAUCAUGCGACAGCAUCAUCGUAGUUGA